GCAGCCUCUCCAGCAUCCUUACUGUGGGCCUGGUUGACCUAAAGCAGCUUCCAAGAUGUCCCAGCAAAACAUUCUGCCAGUGACCCUGCCCCCAGCCCUCAGUCAGGAGCCCCUCAAGCCUGUUUCUCCUCCCACUGAUACCCAGCAGGAGCAAGUGAAGCAGCCAACUCCACUGCCUGUCCCAUGCCAGGAGGUGCCCUCUGCGCAACCAAAGGAGGUCCCUUUGGAACACGGGGAGCAACACACAACUCCUGUGAAGGGGUCGCCCGAGCAAGACUGCGAGCCACAGUCCCAGAAACUACAGCAGCAGGAGCAGCAUCUGGAACAGCUGGAACAGCAGCAACAGCAGCAAGACUCACAGGAGCAGGAACUGCAGCAUCAGGAACAACAUCUGGAACAGCAGCAGCAAGAGUCAAAGGAGCAGGAACUGCACCCGGAACAGCACCCGAAGCAGCAGCAGCAGGAACAACAUGGGGGCCAGAAAGCAGAAAACUUGGAGCUGCAGCUGCAGGAAGAUAAAGCGCAAAAGGAGCAGAAGCUAAAAGAACAGCUGGAACAGGAGAAGAAGCUCCUGGACCAGCAACUGGAUCAAGAGCUAGGGAAGAUAGUUGAGAAGCUGGAAAAGAAAGACGAGCAGCUGCUAGAGCCCCUGGGGCAGCAGGAGGAACAGCUAGAGCAACCUGCGUUUGUUGUAGCUCCUGGCCAGGUUCAGGAGACCCACCCAGUCCAGCCGCUGAAGGGAGAAGUCUUGCCCCCUGCAGAGAAGCAAUAGUAGAAGCAGGAGGUGCAGUGGCCCCCCAACAUAAAUAACCAUCUUCAGUGUCCCAGAGGCCCUCAGACCAUCCCACACACAUGAAGAGAGAGCUGAACCGGUGGCCUCACUUACCUCAGGCCCCCAGUCUGGACGGCCCACCUCAUCUGUGAACCUGCCUGACCCCGUCCUUCCACCUGUCUCUGUGACAGAGUGGGGUGGGGAAGCGGGGAGCUAUUGCCCAGCACCUACUCCUGAUCAUUCCAAUCCCCCCCAAUCCCUACCUCAGGU